AGCCUGAGAACAGUUUUUUGUCAGCUGGUGGCUGCGGCUCGUAGCUACGUCAACUCUCCAUGAAGACAACAAGUUAACUCGGGCCACUAAUGAACCGACAGCGAGCCUUAUCAUGAGAGAAGCGAAUGCCUCGACUGCUCGGUGAGAAGUUGCUAAACUUUAACAGCCACACUCGGUCGCGUUUCCCGGCGCCGCUGGCAGCAAGCCCCAUGACUGUGAGAGUUUUAUUGUCCUAGCUUGCUGGCUAACGUUAGCUAUUUGUCUGGUGAGGUAUGGCUACCAGAGAGGUGUCUCUACGACAGAAGUACCGUCACCCACCGGUGACUGUGAAGCAGGAGCCGGACGACGACUCGGACGCGGAGGAGCCUCACCUGGGGCUGCGGAGGGCGGACGGGCUGGAGUGUCAGAUCAUCCACAGCGGACAUUUCAUGGUGUCGUCGCCCCACAGCGAGCACCCUCCGAAGAAGGGCUACGACUUCGACACUGUCAACAAACAGACCUGUCAGACUUAUCAUUUCGGCAAGGCGAGCACGUCGCACCUUUCCAUAGACGCUUCACUCACCAAGCUCUUUGAGUGCAUGACUCUGGCGUACAGUGGCAAGUUGGUGUCUCCCAAAUGGAAGAACUUCAAAGGCCUUAAACUGCUUUGGAGAGACAAGAUCCGCCUCAACAACGCCAUAUGGAGAGCCUGGUAUAUGCAGUAUGUGGAGAGAAGGGAGAAUCCUGUUUGUCAUUUUGUGACACCCCUGGAUGGAACUAUGGACUUGGAUGUCCAUCGUCCUGCAGAGGCCCUGGCCACAGAGGGGAAAUGCUGGAAAAGAAGAAUUGAAAUUGUCAUAAGAGAAUACCACAAAUGGAGAACAUACUUUAAGAAAAGGCUACAGAAGCACAAGGAUGAUGACCUGUCAAGCUUACUUAAGGGGCCAGAGGAGCAGUUAUCGCUGUUUGGGGAAGUGUCUCCAGACAUGCUCCGUGUCUCCUUUUAUCAGGAUGAAGAGACUGCGGCACGCCGUGUGACUCGUAAGCACAGUGAGCCGCCUGCCCCAAUGGAGAUGGACGCCCUCUUUGACAUGGAUGUUCUGAUGUCUGAGUUUUCAGACACAUUGUUCUCUACAUUGGCCUCACAUCAGCCCAUAGCCUGGCCCAACCCCAGGGAGAUUGCUCAUGCUGGGAACGCAGACGUGAUCCAACCAGGACUCAUCCCCUUACAGCCCAACCUAGACUUCAUGGACUCAUUUGAUCCACUGCAAGACUUAUUUCACAGCCUCCGUCAGCCCGUCUUCCCCUCUGUUUCCCCCACUGCAUCAUCUGUCACCUCUCUACCCAGCAGCAGCUCUCAGUCACAGACCCAGUUAAUGUCCUCUAUGCAGCUCAACACCAACCACAUCACCCCUUCUGGUCCCCUGUCCAUCCCCUCUCCCAUGGCCGGUCAAACCAGUCGGUCCGGUGGUAGCGGUGACGCUGCCUUUGUACAAAGCUACAUGUCCCUGUUUCCUGGGCAGGUGACAGCCGAUGAUCAAGCAGGUGUUUCCUCUGUCUCUCAGCCUUUAUCCCAUGAUCCUCUGGUGCAGUGCCUUCCAGGUCAGGACAUGGGCUCUGCAGCACCCAUGGUUCCCUCACCCUUGAAUAACAACUCCACACUGGAUGAGACUGUAGCACACUCUGUGAUCACACACACAGCCUCCUCUACGGUCAUGCCCAGCGAUACAGCUACCACCUUCAGCCACAGCUCAGAGUAUAGCUCCAUGUCCACACAGCCUUCACCUCAACUCCAACCCAUGGCCCCAUUACCCACCACUCCUGUCCAGCACCCUCAGACGUUUGCUUUGCCGCGCCCCCUUCAGCCGUCCAGUGCCAACAAAAGCCGGCCCAUGCAAAGGAUUGCUCCUGCUAACCCGCUCCCUCAGUCCCACCUCAUCCUCACAGCCCCUUUUCUAGGUCACGCCAAUGCUGUGAUUGUUACACCCAAAGCAGAUGUGGUCUCUAACCCAGGUGUUGUCAUCACCUCUUCUCAUCUUGGAGCAACUCCUGGAUUUCACAUCGUCCAGAAGUCUCCACAGCCGAUUGUUCCCAAAGAGAAGUCAUAUGCUUCCGGUCGCAAAAAUCAGAAAACAUCCUCUCCUGUUGUUCAGCCAGGAUCCGGUCAAGGAUCGCCGUGUGGGUUGGAUCAGGUUCCCAGUCCACAGUCACUAAUCAGCAGCAGCAGUACAGCUCUUGUAAAGAAUGAGCAAAAUCAGGGCCGAAGGACAACGCACAUAUCUGCUGAGCAAAAGAGACGAUCAAACAUAAAUAUUGGCUUUAAGACGCUCUGCAGUCUGGUUCCUAUAAAGUCACAGUCAAAUGUCAGUAAUGCGGUGACGUUGCAGAAGACAGUGGAGUACAUUGGGAAGCUCCAGCAAGAGAGGCAGGCGAUGCAAGAAGAGGUCAAGAGACUACGAGAAGAGAUAGAGGAGCUCAACACUUCCAUUAGUGUGUGUCAAGAGCAGCUGCCUGCGACGGGGGUACCAGUGAGGCGGCAUCGUUUCGACCACAUGCAAGAGAAGUUUAAUGAAUAUGUAAAGAGCCGCACUCUACAGAACUGGAACUUCUGGAUUUUCAGCAUCAUUAUCAAGCCUCUCUUUGAGUCUUUCAACGGAAUGGUGUCAACUUCAAACAGGGCCGAGCUGUAUCAGACUACGCUGCAGUGGCUCGAUCGUCACUGCUCCCUUCCGGUGCUCAGACCCAUGGUGCUGAGUACUCUUCGCCAGCUGAGCACAACUACGUCCAUCCUCACUGAUCCAUCGCUGCUUCCUGAAGAAGCUGUCCAGGCUGCCACACGCACAGAUGUUUCAUCUUUCUCUCAGAGGAGUUGAGGUGACCCCUAAAGCCACCUGAACCAUAAAAAAAAGACAUAUCACUAGUCGUUCUUAUUCAGCAAGGUCAAAAUGAUACAUACAAACUUUGUCUGGCUUGCGUUUAGUCUGAAUGUAAGGCAGGCGUAGAGUUUGGUCUGUUGUACACUGAUUCUUGGGAUUGAUGCAUGAAAGGACCUCAGCUAUUGUGCAAAAAUAGCUUUUAUUAUAUUGUGUUUGAAUAACUACUACUUUCACCUAUUUGAGGUGACGAUCUUCUUUGUACUUUAUGGAAAGCUGGUACUUGUGGUUUUAUUUGUUGAACAACAAUUUAUAUUUAAAAGAAAAGACAUUUCUAAUGUAAAAACAUUGUGUUCAAAAGGGAAAUAUUGAAUGAAUGUUAAUUUUGUGCUCUUGCUCAGAUGUAUAAAAUGUGUGGAUAUGAGGCUUUUUUUUUUUUUUAACCAGGAAGUGAGAUUAACGUGGGAUUUUCCAGAACUUGCUCGAAGUGUAAUUUGUGUUUUUUGGAAGUUUUAAAUCUUCCAGAGAGACAUCACAGCAGAAUGUAGAGGAUCGACUAAAACAGUCUAAUUGAUAGCAGAUGGAUGCAAGUUUUGUUGUAUGUUCCAUCCCUAAAUUACUCAGGUGAAAGUUGUUUUGUUAGUUAACAGAAGUGGUUUCCUGGUGGCUUUCCGUCCAUGCCGUAUUUCUGCCUUCAUACUUUUGCUCACUGUGUCCAUUUGUAGUGAUUUUAACUGCGUGUGACGCACAGCAGCAGUCAUCUUUGAUAUGUUACACACAGGUCUACUGCGCAGGUCACAGCAUAAUGGAGCAAUAUUACUUACAGCCCUCAUAGGGAGCAUAGCUGAAACAGCAGUACACAUAAUAUUUAUAUUCACAUGUACAGUGUUACAAGAUUUUGCGCAGUAGGGGUCUUUUCUGGUCUUCGUCUGUGACUCAGGGCUACGCUUGCGUUUUUUUUCUCAUUCAUUGGAACAAAUCAAAUCAGGAUCCUUCUCUGCAGGAAGUCUUGUUAUCUACAGAGGGUACAGGAUAUAUCACAUGGUUUAGUUUUUAUUUCUUCUCAUGGUUACACUAAUUUAUCAUGAUGCGUGUUAAUGACAGAAGAAAGCAAUCAGUCUGUCACGUGAAGACAACACAGAGACACAUCCAAAGCCAUAUCAAAGAGUAGUUUACCCAUCACCGCUGCUCAUUUGUUGUGUUACUGACAUUACAGUUGGUGGAAAACUCUGCUCUGUUGACUGUUUGGGAAUUGGAUACGAUGCAGAUGUAGUUAGCUUGUCAACCUUAAGGUCAAAGUGUCCUUACCUGUGCUGAUUAGUCUUUUCUUUUUUCUCCGUGGUGCAGCACUCCUCAGGCAGACAUGGAUUUUGUAUUUUUGCUUCCAUUUUGUGCAGAACAACUGAGUUUACGGUAGCAAAAUGCACCACUUUGACAAAUGUGCAGUCUUUUCUUCCAAAUGUGGAAGAGUGUCUUUUAAAUGAGAGAUUUUGUUUGCCUUCAGGCUAAUUUGUCUGUGUAUGAAGAAAGUAGUGAUCAAAGUUAAACACUUUUACAAUGUACAAUUGCAAAAUAUAACAUUUCCCUUUUUGAGAUUUUUUCCAAGAAUGACCGCACAAAAAGCCCCAAUGUUCACCUGAAGCUCAGCGUUUGUGUGAUGAUUUCAUCUGUUUUUUUCCUCUUUUAGUGAUUUUAAAAUAUUUGUCAUACCAGGUUGGAUUUCCAGCUGUUGUUAGGUGUUUUUGUGAGGAGGUUUUAUACCAGUUGAUGUACAGUGUAUCAGUGCAGAUUGGAUCUGCCCAUGUUAGUUCUUCCCACAUUUAGUAUUGUAUUUUGUUUGUUUUAAGAAGAAAAGAUAUUUUCUUAUGCUGCAUAUGAGUGUUUGUUUUCUUUGUAAAAUGUCUACAUGCGACAUGUAUGUUGUAAAAUGCCUUAAAUGAUUCUGAAUCACAAUAAACACAAAAAAAGAAAAA